AGCUUCCGCAUUUCAUAAUGCAAAUUGUGUGCCUUUACCUUCUUAGUGUAGUAUCUUGCUAGGAUUGGCUUUAGGUUGCAAAACUCUUUUGGGAUGAGGGUUACACACUAAGGUGAACCGUAGUUGCACAUCUAGUUAGCUUGUUUUAGUUUAAGUUUUGUGCAAACUAGUUGGAGCCAUAGGUUAAGAUUUUAAUAGUGUCUAAUUCACCCCCUCCCCCUCUUAGGCUAGAGCACCCGAUCACUUUCAUAGUCCUGAUUGCAGCAGAGAACUAGUUGACAGGUGGUAUCCGAGCAUGUUUUGGGAGGUUAUCGAACAUACAUCUUCUUGACCUCACAUACAACAAUCUCUCUGGGACCGUACCCAACUCCAUCUACAACUUGUCGCUGUUAACUUCUCCAGGCAUAGCAGGGAAUGGUCUUGUGGGAACUUUACCUUCUAACAGGGGGAACACGCUCCCGAACAUUGAGAAUCUAGUAAUGUCUGGGAAUAAUUUUCAGGGAGGGAUCCCUGGAUCACUACCAAAUGCAACAAAUCUUGUAAUUAUCCACCUAGCUCAGAACUCCUUCACUGGAGUAAUUCCUUCUUUAGGAUCCCUACUCAAUUUGCAGAAGCUGAUGCUAUUCCAGAACCACUGGCUCGAAGCCGGGGACUGGAUGUUCCUCUCUUCGUUGAUGAAUUGUACACAGCUUGCGAUGCUGAUAUUGGAUGGGAACAACUUACAAGGAGAUUUGCCAAGCUUAGUAACUAACUUAUCAAGAAGUCUAGAAUACUUAGUCCUUGGGUCAAACCACAUAACAGGGACAAUACCAACUGGUAUUGGUAAUCUGGUUAGCCUUUCCAUGCUAUAUCUCCAAGAUAACAAGAUAACCGGGCCUUUACCUGCUUCAAUUGGCAACCUUCACAAUUUGUACACCCUGGACCUAUCGAAGAACAGGUUCCAUGGGAAAAUCCCAGCAUCAUUUGGAAAUUUGGGCCAAUUAAGUGAACUUUAUUUGCAAGAAAAUCACUUGAGUGGAGCCAUACCUGCAGAUUUAGCUGGAUGCACAAAUUUGUUGGCAUUGAACCUUUCUUCUAAUAUCUUGUCCGGACCCAUACCAUAUGGGUUAUUUGGUAAACUGAACCAGUUGAGCUGGUCGCUUGACUUGUCGCACAACCAACUCACAGAUUCCAUUCCAGAUGAUGUCGGCAACUUUAUCAAUCUAAAAUCCCUGAACAUCUCCAACAACAUCUCUGGAAGAAUCCCAUCCACUCGGCUCGUGCGAACUCUUGCAGGCGCUUCGCCUUGGAGGGAACUCCCUUGAGGGACAAGUCCCAUAUUCUCUUGCGACCUUGAGAGGCAUUAAAGAGGUGGACUUUUCUCAAAAUGACUUGACCGGUGAAAUCCCAGAAUUUUUUGAGGUAUUCAACAGCUUAGAGUACCUUAAUCUAUCUUUCAAUAAGCUUGAUGGCCCAAUCCCUACAAAAGGAAUUUUCGCCAAUGCCACAAGCAGACUUUUUCUUCAGGGAAACCCAAGUGUAUGCACAAGCACGAAGUUGCUGCAGUUCCCACUAUGUUCUAUGGGACACUCUGGUAGGAAGAGCAGAGUCGCGGUUCACGUUUUGGCUAUUGUACUGCCUUGUGUUGCCGUUUCUCUCCUAUUUGCCCUCUUCUUAAAGAAGCGAACAAGAAAGGAUUCACGUCUGAUGCAUGAAUCAUCCAAGGAACUGAGGAUUCGAUCCUAUAAGGACCUAAGCAAAAUGACAAAUAAUUUUUCCUCUGCCAACAUGAUUGGUUCAGGGCAGUUUGGCAUAGUUUACAAAGGUUCAUUCCCUGAGGAAGAAGGUCAGAUGUUUGCUGUGAAAGUAUUCAAGCUCGGUCGGUCUGGUGCAUCAAAAAGCUUUCUUGCAGAAUGUAGAGCCUUAAGAAACAUCUGCCACCGCAACCUUGUAAAAGUGAUCACUGCGUGCUCAACAUAUGAUCCUUUAGGCAAUGAGUUCAAAGCCCUAGUGCUCGAGUACAUGUCAAAUGGCACCCUUGCAGACCACCUUCAUAUUAAGUCAAGAUAUGGAUGUCUAAGCUUAGGUGCAAGGAUCAGCAUAGCAGUUGAUGUUGCUUCUGUUUUAGAGUACCUUCACAUGUGGAGUGUGCCUCCAAUGGUUCACUGUGAUUUGAAACCAAGCAACAUUAUAUUUGAUGAUGACAAUCUUGCUUGUGUUGGUGACUUUGGGCUGGCACAGUUCCUCCAUGGUUUCUCUUCUUCUGGUGGGUACCAAAACUCAACAAGCUUGUUUGGACCAAGAGGAUCAGUGGUAAACAUCCCACCAGAGUAUGGCAUGGGCAGUAAAAUCUCAACUGAGGGUGACAUAUAUAGCUAUGGUAUUGUUCUCAUGGAAAUGCUCACCGGGAAACGACCUACCGAUGAAUUGUUUGAUGAUGGUUUCACCCUGCACAAAUAUGUUGAGGAUGCACUUCCUCAAAUUGGCAUGAUCCUGGAUCCUGAUCUCAGCAGAGAGAUUGUAGGGGAUCAUAGCAGUCGUACUGAAUCACAGGAACAAGGCAACAAAACAGAGGUGCAGAAUUGUAUUCUGCAACUGCUCAAUCUCGGAUUAUUAUGCUCUGAAGAAGCACCAAAAGAUCGGCCAAACAUAUAUGAUGUAUACAUUGAGGUAGUUGCAGUAAAAGAACAUUUCCUUUCCUGUUGUGUAAACAAAACAUAACAAUUUUUCUGUGGA